GUUCACAUAUAUUUCUAUUCUGUCUACUGUAAAAUGUAGCAGAUUACAUGUAUUAAAUAAAAUAAUAUUUGUUUUGUAAAUCUGAAUUUCAAAGCAAUCCAUAUUUAAAAAUGGCUUCAAAAUUGCUAGCCUUUAGAAGUAUGAUAUGUAAACCACUACCUAUGAUAGUCAAACAAACUUCGUUUCAACAUGUUCCCUAUAACCUAAAGUUCUUCAGCGUUUCGCCUGUAGCUUGUGUUAAUUUUUUUAAUAAAUUACCGGCUGAUAAGUUAUGGAAAUCUGUGACCUCAGUAAGUAAUGCAGGUGCGAAAAAAGGUCGUGGCAAAGGUGCCGGACGCAUUAGAAUACGCGAUCUGAACCGUGGUCAAAUGAUUGGUGUUGGAAAAAUUAAUAUGUUAUGGCCGGGCCUGUCGGCGCCUGUGAUCAGAGGCAGAGAAUUACUAAAACAGCAAAGACUACCUGAUGAUCCAGAAAGGAUGGAGAAGCUAAUCAAGCUAAGAGAUUCUAUGACAAAGUUUAGACGCCUUAAGCUUAGUCCUAUUGAAAGAGGAUGGUCUGGAUCUCGAAUGCCAGGUCGCAGUAUUGGACCGCCAGAUCCAGUGGGAGAAGAUGAAUUUACUGGUUUUGAUACAAAAGUUCUGCAACUGAGAUCCUUGCUGAUCAUGAAGGGGAGUCUAGGCCGUACUCGAAAUUACCAGGCAAUGGUAGUUACAGGGAAUGGGCAAGGUCUUGCUGGAUUUGGAUUUGGUAAGGCGAAGGAGGCACCCGCAGCAUUAAGAAAAGCAAAGAAUAGAGCUGGACAAAAAUUGAUGCAUUUUGAAAUCUACAAUGGUCAUACAAUUUUCCAUGACUUUUAUACUGGAUUUGGAAGAACAAAGAUUUUUGUACAAAUGAAAAAUGAAGGUUAUGGUUUGAAGUGUCAUAGAGCUAUUAGAGAAAUCUGCCAGGCAAUUGGUAUAAAGGACUUGAGGGCUAAAGUUGAAGGUUCCACUAACUUGCAACAUAUUGUCAAAGCAUUUUUCAUCGGAUUGUUGCAACAGAGAUCUCAUCAACAAUUGGCUGAAGAGAAAAAGCUUCAUCUGGUAGAAUACAGAGCUGAAAAUGAGCAUUAUCCUAAAGUGGUCGCCAGUCCCAGUGAGGUCAGAACCAAAGAACAGAUAUCUCAAAAUGAAACGUUAGAUUUUAUCCAAUAUGUAAUGAAUGACAAAGUCAUAUUAAGGAAAAAGAAGUUCCCACGCUUCUAUGAGACUAUGCCGCAUUAUGAUAUCUAUCUGAAGAAGUAUGAAAGGUACAGGAACCAUGAGAAAAUUCGAUUGAACCUGAAGGUGGAAUAUGGUGAAAUUAAGAGUUUCUUAACAGAUAAGUACCCCGAAGAACAAACGCAGUCAGAUGCGUAAUUGUAUAUUAGAUUCUAAUUAUUUAGAAUAAUGUAGUUGUAAAUAAAUACAGUUAUAAAUAAAA